AUAUGUAAGGUCAAUCUUCUUCGCAAAGUUCUACUGCUCACUUCCCAUUAAAGCGAUAGCAGUUGAGAGGCUUUCCUGUGGCGCCAAACACAGCUCCUCCCAAAUGGCCUCUGCUCAAAUCUCCGCCUCUCUCUCCCUUUCCUUCCGCGAUGUUUGUGCUCUUAGCUCAGCCGUGGCCAAAGCCCCUGUUGCAACUCCUCGGCUUCCUCUUUCUAAGUGUUCACUACGUGGGUCAUCCUUCACCACCGGUUCUCCGCUCUUGAUACAAAGAACUUAUUGUCAAAAGAGGACUGCAUACAAAGCUAUGUCACUUUCCAUAAGAUGUGAGCAAGGUACCCAGGACAACAGUUUGGAUGUAUGGCUAGGCCGGCUUGCAAUGGUGGGCUUUGCAGUGGCUAUUAGUGUUGAGAUAGCGACAGGCAAGGGACUUCUGGAGAAUUUUGGGCUCACAAGUCCCCUGCCUACAGUAGCCUUGGCAGUUACAGGAUUGGUUGGCGUUUUGACAGCAGUUUUUAUCUUUCAGUCGGCUUCAAAAAUUGGAUUCCAGAAAGAUAUCUUGGGAAGUAGGGCCUGUUCGAAGAACGAUGAUCUGAUAUCCUUCUUGAUCUCUCUCCUCUGUUCAUAUUGUGGCAUGGGUGCUGCCAUAUCUCGACUAGCAAAGAGGUUUCUUCCGAAAUGUGAAAUGAGGAUUGUGAUGGUGGGUCUUGAUGCAUCCGGCAAGACAACAAUCUUGUACAAGUUAAAACUGGGAGAAAUUGUUACGGCCGUACCAACAGUUGGUUUUAAUGUGGAGAGUGUAGAGUACAAAAACAUUAGCUUCACUGUCUGGGAUCUGGGAGGACAAGAUAAGAUUCGAGCUUUAUGGAGACAUUACUUUCAGAAUAUUCAAGGACUAGUCUUUGUCGUGGACAGUAACAACAGAGAGAGAAUUUCAGAAGCCCGAAAUGAGCUGCAUCGUAUUUUUGGCGAGUUUGGCCUACGGAAUGCCAUUCUUCUUGUCUUUGCCAAUAAGCAGGAUCUUCCAAAUUCUCUGAGUGUUUCUGAGGUUGCCGAUAGACUUGGCCUACACACACUCCGUCAGACACGUUGGCACGUCCAGAGUGCUUCUGGCAUCACCGGCCAAGGGCUAUACGAAGGUCUUGAUUGGCUGCUAUCCAACAACUUCCCUAACAAGGCUACAUGAUAUGCUUCUUUUGCUCAAUGUCUCUUACAAAAUACUCUGUGGAAUAGAAUUCGAUGAGUGAAACGAGAAGACAAUUUUUUGGAAACCCUGAUAAAGGAAGCGCCAGUGGAGAGUUGGAUAACAUAUGAAGAAGAAAACAAAACUCCAAGGCAUAUUAUUAAAAGAAGAGGAUAUUUCUUCUUCUCUUCUGCUCCUUACAAUUCCAAGCAGAUCAACUUUAUUUCAUGUCUUGAAUUCGGAUUGUUCUGAUUGAAUUGAAUAUUAAGCUUCAUAUUUA